UAAGCUUGUCUUGGAGGCUUAUUAAAUCCACCACCAAAGUAGUGAACAAUAACAGAGAUGGGGAAUAUGAAGUGCAUAAAGAGGAGGUCCAAAACCAUCAUCCUGGUUCCAUAUCCGGCUCAGGGACAUGUAACUCCUAUGCUUAAGUUAGCCUCCGCCUUCCUCAGCCACGGCUUUGAUCCGGUGCUGGUCAUACCGGACUUCAUUCACCGCCAGAUUGUCCCGAAAAUCGAAUCCAAAGAUAAGAUUCAAUGCAUGCCAAUCCCGGACGGGUUGGACAAGGACGCCCCGAGGGACUUCUUCACCAUCGAGAAGGCCAUGGAACACAACAUGCCUGUUCAUUUAGAGAAACUUGUUCAUCAUCUGGAUGAAGAUGGAGCUGUUGUGUGCAUAGUCAUUGAUUUGCUUGCGUCGUGGGCUAUAGAAGUAGCCAAUCGGUGUGGGGUCCCUGCGGCAGGGUUCUGGCCGGCCAUGCGGGCUACGUACCGGUUGAUCGGAGCCAUUCCGGAGAUGAUCAGGACAGGUCUCAUCUCUGAUGCAGGGUUUCCAAGGCAAUUAGGUGGUACAUGCUUCUUACCUAAUCAACCCAUGCUGUCCAGUGAAGAGCUACCAUGGUUGAUUGGCACUCCAGCUGCAAGAAAAGCAAGAUUCAAAUUUUGGACUAGAACCCUGGACAGAUCAAGAUCUCUCCAAUGGCUCCUUGUGAAUUCAUUCCCAAAUGAAUGUUGCUUGGAUGAUGAGCAAUCACAACAUCAACAACUUGAUCUUCAUCAACAGGUCCAAACCACCACCCAAACCCAACAACAAGUUUACCCAAUUGGUCCCUUGAGCAAGUUCACAACCACCAAAAAUCCUAGCUUUUGGGAAGAAGACACAAACUGCUUAAGCUGGCUAGACAAGCAGAAGCCGAACACUGUAAUUUACAUCUCUUUUGGGAGUUGGGUUAGUCCCAUUGGAGAAGCUAAGGUCAAAGGAUUGGCAUCAGCACUUGAAGCCUUGGGGAAGCCAUUCAUUUGGGUGUUGGGGUCUUCAUGGCGUGAAGGAUUACCAAUUGGGUACUUAGAAAAAGUGUCAAAGAUAGGCAAAGUUGUGUCUUGGGCACCACAAAUGGAGAUCUUGAAGCACAAAGCUAUCGGAUGUUAUCUAACACAUUGUGGGUGGAAUUCAACGAUGGAGGCCAUCCAGUGCCAAAAGAGACUCUUGUGUUAUCCUGUGGCUGGUGAUCAGUUUGUGAAUUGUGGCUACGUUGUAAAUUUGUGGAGGAUUGGGGUGAGAUUAGGUGGGUUUGGAGAGAAGGAUGUUGAAGAAGGAUUGAAGAGGGUGAUGGAGGAGGAUGAGAUGGGGAAUAGGUUGAGGAAGUUAUAUGAGAGGACUAUGGGAGAUGAGGCUAAUUCUAGAGCUGGGUCAAAACUCACCGACUUCAUUGAUCAGCUUAGCUUAAGAUGUUAACACUUGGGGUCUUCUAAUGGUGUCUAUGAUUAUGAUUUGUAAAUUUAUUUGUUUUCUAAUUUGUAGACCCAUAAUAGUGUCUAAAGUUUUUUUUUUUGGGCUAAGUAUUAGUUACUACCCUGUGGUUUAGGUCUAAAAUCAAUUC